AGCCAGCAGGGGCGGGCCGGGCCCGACCACUCCGCAAACCGCAGGGGGGAGCCACAACGGGCCAAGCUGUUUGCUCCCCCUUCUUUGUUCCUUCUCACUCUUAUCUCUCUCCAUCAGGCUGCACCUGUUAGGAAAAAGCGAACUUGGGGAUCUAGGAUCUCCUGAAGUCCCGUUUCGAAGCCACAUACCUUCAGCGGGUGUUGCGUUAUCCCCCCUCCGUCGGCUAGCAGUUGGUCCCGCCCCAGUGCUAGCGGGCGCGGAGCGGGAGCCGCGCGGGAGCAGCGCAGCGACGGCGGCGGCAGCUGCGGCGCGGUUGCUAUUCGGAGACGUUGAGACGCCUCUGCGGCAGCUGGUGGCGCAGGUGGCUUGCGUGGACGCGGGCAGAGGCGGCCGGCCCGCCACCGCAGCCUCAGCGCCCGCGGCCCCGGCAGGCGCGUCGGGACACCCCGAGGCAUCCUCCCCCUCCCGCCGCCGCGGGAGCCUCGGCUGCCGUCCGCCUUCCCGCAUCCCCUCGCAGUCCGCACCGUCACACCUCCUCCCUGUGCUCGGACCCCCGGCCUCGGCCCUGAAACAUGACUCGCGAUUUCAAACCUGGGGACCUCAUCUUCGCCAAGAUGAAAGGUUACCCUCAUUGGCCAGCUCGAGUAGAUGAAGUUCCUGAUGGAGCUGUAAAACCACCCACAAACAAACUACCCAUUUUCUUUUUUGGAACUCAUGAGACUGCUUUUUUAGGCCCAAAGGACAUAUUUCCUUACUCAGAAAAUAAGGAAAAGUACGGCAAACCAAAUAAACGAAAAGGCUUUAAUGAAGGUUUAUGGGAGAUAGAUAACAAUCCGAAAGUGAAAUUUUCAAGUCAACAGGCAUCAACUAAACAAUCAAAUGCGUCAUCUGAUGUUGAAGUUGAAGAAAAAGAAACUAGUGUUUCAAAGGAAGAUACUGACCAUGAAGAAAAAGCCAGCAACGAGGAUGUGACUAAAACAGUUGACAUAACCACUCCAAAAGCUGCCAGAAGAGGGAGAAAGAGAAAGGCAGAAAAACAAGUAGAAACCGAGGAGGCAGGAGUAGUGACUACAGCAACAGCAUCUGUUAAUCUAAAAGUGAGUCCUAAAAGAGGACGACCUGCAGCUACAGAAGUCAAGAUUCCAAAACCAAGAGGCAGACCCAAAAUGGUAAAACAGCCCUGUCCUUCGGAGAGUGACAUGGUAACUGAAGAAGACAAAAGUAAGAAAAAGGGGCAAGAGGAAAAACAACCUAAAAAGCAGCUUAAAAAGGAUGAAGAGGGCCAGAAGGAAGAAGAUAAGCCAAGAAAAGAGCCAGAUAAAAAAGAGGGGAAAAAAGAAGUUGAAUCAAAAAGGAAAAAUUUAGCUAAAACAGGGCUUACAUCAACCUCUGAUUCUGAAGAGGAAGGGGAUGAUCAAGAAGGUGAAAAGAAGAGAAAAGGUGGAAGAAACUUUCAAACUGCUCAUAGAAGGAAUAUGCUGAAAGGCCAACAUGAGAAAGAAACAGCAGAAAGAAAACGCAAGCAAGAGGAACAAAUGGAAACUGAGCAGCAGAAUAAAGAUGAAGGAAAGAAGCCAGAAGUUAAGAAAGUGGAGAAGAAGCGAGAAACAUCAAUGGAUUCUCGACUUCAAAGGAUACAUGCUGAAAUUAAAAAUUCACUCAAAAUUGAUAAUCUUGAUGUGAACAGAUGUAUUGAGGCCUUGGAUGAACUUGCUUCACUUCAGGUCACAAUGCAGCAAGCUCAAAAACACACAGAGAUGAUUACAACACUGAAAAAAAUACGGCGAUUCAAAGUUAGUCAGGUUAUCAUGGAAAAGUCUACAAUGUUGUAUAACAAGUUUAAGAACAUGUUUUUGGUUGGCGAAGGAGAUUCUGUGAUCACACAAGUGCUGAAUAAAUCUCUUGCCGAACAAAGACAGCAUGAGGAAGCAAAUAAAACCAAAGAUCAAGGGAAGAAAGGGCCAAACAAAAAGCUAGAAAAGGAACAAACAGGUUCAAAGACUCUAAAUGGAGGAUCGGAUGCUCAAGACAAUAAUCAACCACAACAUAAUGGAGACAGCAAUGAAGAAAGCAAAGACAACCACGAGGCCAGCAGUAAGAAAAAAUAUUUGGAGGAUCUUUACCUUGGAAGCCUCAUGGUACAAGGUGUAGCGCCCACAUUCUUCAAAGAAUUUUCAAAACACUUCCAUCACUUGACGUAUAAUGAUAGAUGAGCAAAAAGCCCUCUGGACAAAGUGAAUAGGCAUACUACAGACUGGGAGAAAACCAGAAUACUUGUAUCUGACAAAGGAUUUGUACGCAGGAUACAUAAAGCACUCCUACAAAUCAAUGAGACAACUCAAAAAUGGGCAAAAAAGCACUGAAUAAAAACUAUGCUUUGGAAUAUUAAAAUAAUUUAAUAUAUUUCAAAACAUUUAAAUACAUUCAAGUUGCUUAAUAAGACCUGUGAUUUGAACUUUCUUUGCUGGGGUGGUAACUUCAGCUGAUGGUCUCAGGUAGAUCCUGCUCCUCAUGGCAUUUCUUGGAAGUAAAGGGUACACAUUUUGAUAUUAACUAAAGGUUCCAGGAUCAACAUAAGGAUAAGCGAGGAAUUCCCCCAGUUUGUUGCCUUCUGAAUCAUAGUGGAGCAUUCGGAAGCAAACAUCACAAAAGAAACAUGGGUCCUCUGGUGCAAAACUGUCAUUGUUCGUCACCCAUCUGUAGUUAAAAAAGAUGUAUAUUAUUAUAAUCGACUUUUUCAUGCUUUAAUAUGCUGCAGUAGUUAUGACCUGUAAUAAUAUGUAUACAUAACAUUCCCACUAUUGCCUUAUUUUUGCUUAUUUAUAGUCCUUUAUAUAAUUUUGUAUACACAUGUAUACAUAAGACAUAUCACUACCAAUACCCUACAAGGCAAAAGGACAACUACAUUCUGAAAGACUUCUCCUUAAAGGUAAGUGGGAAAGAAUGUAAAUUCAUACUUGAAAGCAUCACAUACUUGCCAUGACAUACCUAUCCUUCAAAGAACUGUUAACAUAAACAAAAAUGUUUUCUUCUAAUAGGCCAUCUUGAAAAUGCAUAAUAUUAGAUAUACUACAGGUUUGAUACACUUUUUGCUUAAUCUUUCUAACUGGUAAAUUAGUACUGGUUAACAUGAAAACUCCAGCUUUUAUUUUUUUUUACAUCUUUAUUGGAGUAUAAUUGCUUUACAGUGGUGUGUUAGUUUCUGCUGAAUAACAAAGUGAAUCCGCUAUACAUAUACAUAUAUCCCCAUAUCCCCUCCCUCUUGGGUCUCCCUCGCACCCUCCCUAUUCCACCCCUCUAGGUGGUCACAAAGCACCCAGCUGAUCUCCCUGUGCUAUGCAGCUGCUUCCCACUAGCUAGCUAUUUUACAUUUGGUACAAAUCAAUGCCACUCUCUCACUUUGUCCCAGCUUACCCUUCCCCCUCCCCAUGUCCUCAAGUCCAUUCUCUGUGUCUGCGUCUUUAUUCCUGUCCUGUCCUGCCCCUAGGUUCUUCAGAACCUUUUUUUUUUUUUUUUAGAUUCCAUAUAUAUGUGUUAACAUACGGUAUUUGUUUUUCUCUUUCUGACUUAGUUCACUCUGUAUGUCAGACUCUAGGUCCAUCCACCUCACUACAAAUUUCGUUUCUUUUAAUGGCUGAGUAAUAUUCCAUUGUAUAUAUGUGCCACAUCUUCUUUAUCCAUUCAUUGUCGAUGGACACUUAGGUUGCUUCCAUGUCCUGGCUAUUGUAAAUAGUGCUGCAAUGAACACUGGUACAUGUUUCUUUCUGAAUUAUGGUUUUCUCAGGGUAUAUGCCCAGUAUGAGGAUUGCUGGGUCAUAUGGCAGUUCUGUUUUUAGUUUUUUAAGGAACCUCCAUACUCUUGUCUAUAGUGGCUGUAUCAAUUUACAUUCCCAACAAGAGUGCAAGAGGGUUCCCUUUUCUCCACACCCUCUCCAGCAUUUAUUGUCUGUAGAUUUUUUGAUGAUGGCCAUUCUGACUGGUGUUAACUCAUUGUAAAAACUCCAGGUUUUUAACCUAGAAUUUAGGAUUAAAAUGUUAGAGAGUGUAUACAAAUGGGAAUAUGGGCAACAUUAUUCAAAUGAGAUUUUGGUUUUUGACCUGAAAUGUCACAUUACGUGAAAAUGACAUUUUUCAGUCUAUCUGAAUUCUGCAUCCCAUGGAAUGUUUUGACAUCCCCUGAUUUCCAUUUCGAUCUGAUAACUGAUCUAUCAUGUUUUCCUAUUGAUCAUUUAGGAAAGCAUACUGUGAAUAUAUGCAAAUCAAUCAAUGUGAUACACCAUAUUAACAAAUUGAAGGAUGAAAACCAUACGAUCAUAUCAAUAGAUGCAGAAAAGGCUUUCAACAAAAUUCAACACCUAUUUAUAAUAAAAACCCUCCAGAAAGUAGGCAUAGAGGGAACUUACCUCAACAUAAUGAAGGCCAUAUAUGAUAAACCCACAGCCAACAUCCUCCUCAAUGGUGAAAAACUGAAACCAUUUCCACUAAAAUCAGGAACAAGACAAGGCUGCCCACUCUCACCACUAUUAUUCAACAUAGUUUUGCAAGUUUUAGCCACAGCAAUCAGAGAAGAAAAAGAAAUAAAAGAAAUUCAAAUUGGAAAAGAAGUAAAGCUGUCACUGCAGAUGACAUAAUACUAUACAUAGAGAAUCCUAAAGAUGCUACCAGAGAACUACUAGAGCUAAUCAAUGAAUUCAGUAAAGUUGCAGGAUACAAAAUUAAUGCACAGAAAUCUCUUGCAUUCCUUUACACUAAUGAUGAAAAAUCUGAAAGAGAAAUUAAGGAAACACUCUCAUUUACCACUGCAACAAGAAGAAUAAAAUACCUAGGAAUAAACCUACCUAAGGAGACAGAAGACCUGUAUGCAGAAAACUAUAAGACAAUGAUGAAAGAAAUUAAAGGUGAUACAAACAGAUGGAGCAAUAUACUAUGUUCUUGGACUGGAAGAAUCAACAUUGUGAAAAUGACUAUACUACCCAAAGCAAUCUACAGAUUCAAUGCAAUCCCUAUCAAACUACCAAUGGCAUUUUUCACAGAACUAGAACAAAAUAUUUAACAAUUUGCAUGGAAACACAAGACCCCGAGUAGCCAAAGCAAUCUUGUGAAAGAAAAACGGAGCUGGAGGAAUCAGGCUCCCAGACUUCAGACUAUACUACAAAGCUACAGUAAUCAAGACAGUAUGGUACUGGCACAAAAAUAGAAAUAUAAAUCAAUGGAAAAGAAUAGAAAGCCCAGAGAUAAACCCAUGCACAUAUGGUCACCUUAUUUUUGAUAAAGGAGGCAAGAACAUACAAUGGAGAAAAGACAGCCUCUUCAAUAAGUGGUGCUGGGAAAACUGGACAGCUACAUGUGAAAGAAUGAAAUUAGAACACUCCCUAACACCAUACACAAAAAUAAAACUCAAAAUGCAUUAAAGACCUAAAUGUAAGGCCAGACACUAUCAAACUCUUAGAGGAAAACAAAGGCAGAACAUUCUAUGACAUAAAUCACAGCAAGAUUCUUUUUGACCCACCUCCUAGAGAAAUGGAAAUAAAAACAAAACUAAACAAAUGGGACCUAAUGAAACUUCAAAGCUUUUGCACAGCAAAGGAAACCAUAAACAAGACCAAAAGACAACCCUCAGAAUGGGAGAAAAUAUUUGCAAAUGAAGCAACUGACAAAGGAUUAAUCUCCAAAAUUUACAAGCAGCUCAUGCAGCUCAAUAUCAAAAAAAAAAAAAAAAAAAAAAAACCAAUCCAAAAGUAGGCAGAAGACCUAAAUAGACAUUUCUCCAAAGAAGGUAUACAGAUAGCCAACAAACACAUGAAAGGAUGCUCAACAUCACUAAUCACUAGAGAAUUGCAAAUCAAAACUACAAUGAGGUAUCACCUCACAUUGGUCAGAAUGGCCAUCACCAAAAAAUUUACAGACAAUAAAUGCUGGAGGGGGUGUGCAGAAAAGGGAACCCUCUUGCACUGUUGGUGGGAAUGUAAAUUGAUUCACCCACUAUGGAGAACACUAUGGAGGUUCCUUAAAAAACUAAAAACAGAACUACCAUACGACCAAGCAAUCCCACUACUGGGCACAGACCCUGAGAAAACCAUAAUUCAAAAAGCAUCAUGUACCACAAUGUUCACUGCAGCUCUAUUACAACAGCCAGGACAUGGAAGCAGCCUAAGUGUCCAUCGACAGAUGAACGGAUAAAGAAGAUGUGGCACAUAUAUACAUGGAAUAUUACUCAGCCAUAAAAAAAAACGAAACUGAAUUAUUUGUAGUGAGGUGGAUGGACCUAGAGUCUGACAUACAGAGUGAACUAAGAAAGAGAAAAACAAAUACCGUAUGCUAACAAAUAUAUAUGGAAUCUAAAAAAAAAAAAAAAAAAAGGUUCUGAAGAACCUAGGGGCAGGACAGGAAUAAAGACGCAGACAUAGAGAAUGGACUUGAGGGGGAGGGGGAAGGGUAAGCUGGGACGAAGUUAAGAGAGUGGCCUGGACAUAUAUAUACACUAACAAAUGUAAAAUAGAUAGCUAGUGGGAAGCAGCUGCAUAGACCAGGGAGACCAGCUCGGUGCUUUGUGACCACCUAGAGGGGUGGGAUAGGGAGGGUGGGAGGGAGACGCAAGAGGGAGGAGAUAUGGGGAUAUAUAUACAUAUAGCUGAUUCAGUUUGUUAUACAGCAGAAACUAACACACCACUGUAAAGCAAUUAUACUCCAAUAAAGAUGUUUAAAAAAAAAAAAA